AUGGCCAAUUCAGAUGAUGAAGAUGCUUUCCUUUAUGGAUCAGAUAAUGAAGAAGAAGAUGAAAAAGUACAACAACCAGUAACAAAAAAAGUGAAAUUUGCUGAUGAAGUACAAGUCAGUGAAAAACAACUGUCACCAGAAAGUACAAAACAAGAUGAUGAUAUAGAAGAAGACGAUGAAGAUGAAGAAGAGGAUGAUGAUGAUGAUGAAGAAGAAGAAUCUGAUUCAGAUGAUGAUAUUGAUAUUAUAAUAGGAGAUAGUCAACCAACUUCAAAAUCUACAACAUCAACAUCGACGACAACAAUUCCAAGUGAUACAUUAUCAGAGCUUAAUGAUACAGAAGGUACAAAUGAUAAAAAACCAUCCCAACAACGUACAACAGUAACAUCAUCAAAUAUUGAUGUUGAUAAAAUUCCAGAAUAUCAAGAUAAACCAUUAACACAACUUGAUAUUGAAUUAUUAAAAUUAAAACCUUGGAGAGCUCCAGGGGUUGAUGUUUCAGAUUAUUUUAAUUUUGGAUUUGAUGAAUUUACAUGGAUUUAUUAUUGUCAUAAACAAGAUAAAUUACGUGGAGAAUUUAAUCCUUCAAAAGUUAUGGAAAAUAUAAUGAAAGGUACUGGAGAAAAUAAUGAUGGAAAACAAUCUUCAAAUAAUAAUACUAUGCCUCCUCCUCCACCUGGAUUUAUGGCUAAUAUGCCAAUGCCACCUCCUGGAUUUAUGGCAAAUAUGCCUAUGCCUCCAAUGGGUAUGCCAAUGCCUCCACCAGGAUUUAAUGGUCAAUUCCCACAACCUUAUAACAUGCCACCAAAUCCUAGUCAAAAAUGA